UAAACAGAGGGAGGUGGAGCCCUUGCUUCCUUUCCUCAUCCUGGCUUCCUCCUUCCAGGUGUGCGUCAACUGACCACUUUGCCAACGUGAUGCUGAGGCUCCGACUUCUGACGUGGGACAUGAAGGACACCCUUCUUCGCCUCCGGCUCCCAGUGGGUGAGAGCUAUUCUGCUGAGGCCCGGGCCCAUGGCCUCCACGUGCCAGUCGAAGUGCUUACUCAAUCUUUCUCUCAGGCCUACAAGGUCCAAUGCCAGCAUUUGCCCAACUAUGGCCUAGAGCAAGGCCUCAGCUCCAAGCAGUGGUGGUUGCACGUAGUCAUGGAGACCUUCCGUCUCUCCGGAGUCCACGAUGACAGUGUCCUCCGGCCCAUUGCAGAGAAGCUCUACCAGGAUUACAGCAGUGCCCGCAACUGGGAGCUGCUCCCAGGGGCCAGUGAGACACUCCAGCAGUGCUGCCAGUUGGGCAUCUCCCUGGCCGUGGUCUCCAACUUUGACCGGAGGCUGCUGGAGAUUCUGACCCAGUGCAAACUCCAGCAGCACUUUGAGUUUGUCUUGAGCUCUGAAGAGGUGGGUUUUGCCAAGCCAGACAGGCGAAUUUUCCUGGAAGCCCUCCGCAUCUCUGGUGUACCCCCCUGGCUGGCUGCACACGUGGGGGACCACUACGUGAAUGACUACAGGGCUGCAAGGCAGGCAGGAAUGCACAGCUUCCUCGUUAAGACAGCUGGCCAGCCUGCUGAGUGGGAUGCGGAGGUGCCAAAAGAGCACGUCCUGGCAUCUCUUCCGCACCUGCUGUCUCUUAUAGAGAAAGGCUAAGAGAAGGACUUUGAUUAGAGCUCUGCAAGCUCACUGGCUGGUUGUUUCUUGACAGAUCCACUUAUGGUGUUGCAGGGAGGGGUUU